AUGGUGGCGACGUACAAGCUUUCUGCUACCUUGGAGCAACAUGGAGCUGAUGUCCGCUGCGUCUCAGCCAGCAGCUCAGAGGUGAGCAAAGACUGUCGCGGUGAUCUCGUGCUUACCGGAUCGAGAGAUCGACGAGCGAUUGUUUGGCAGCGCACCUUCACCAAUCAAUUCGUUUCUAUCCUAGAUCUGGGUAACCACGAAGGAUUCGUCAACGCGUGCACCUUGAUUCGGUCCGAAUCUCCCUAUGCCAUCACUGCCGGUCAAGAUAAGAUCAUCUAUGCAUAUCAGCUCCUCUCGGAAGGAGACCGAAUCUCGGUGCAGCUCGAUCCAAAGACGAGCGAGCCGCAACCAUCGCGUACGUUGAUAGGUCAUACAGAAAACGUCUGUGCCCUCGAUGCGGGUCCACACGGCCAGUACCUGGUCAGUGGCAGCUGGGACAAGACUGCCAAGAUCUGGAGGAACUGGGAGUGUGUAGCUACGCUCAAAGGUCACGAGCAGUCAGUGUGGGCCGUUGUUGCUGUCGACCAUGAUCGCGUACUGACAGCUUCGGCGGACAAGACGAUUCGAUUGUGGUCUAUCUCAAACUCUUCCAAGCCGCUCGCCAUAUUCGGGGGCCACACGGACGCUGUGCGUGGAUUAACGCUUCUCGAAGGAGGAGAGUCGUUUGCUAGCUGCGGUAACGAUGGCAAUAUUAACAUCUAUUCUCUGCAAGAUGCCUCGACGUCUGCGGGCAGCGCGCCGAUUCAGCCGGUGCAGACCUUAUCGGGACACACGAGCUUCGUCUACAGCGUAGAAACCAUUCCGGGAGGUAAAGGCGAGCUCGUAAGCUCAGGUGAAGAUCGCAGUGUGCGUAUUUGGCGCGACGGUGCACUGGAACAGAGCAUCACGCUGCCCGCCAUCUCGGUGUGGUCUGUCUCUGCACUUCCAAACGGAGACAUUGUUGCAGGUUCCUCAGAUGGAGUAGCUCGUGUGUUUACCCGAGAUGCAGCACUUGUCGCGGACGAAGCAACACUCAAAGCAUACGAUCACGCCAUAUCGACGCAAGCGCUCAACCAGACACAGGUGGGAGACAUCAAGAAGGACGACCUACCCGGGCCUGAGGCGCUUGCGCAGCCAGGCAGCAAGGAAGGCCAGGUUAAGAUGGUCAAGAACAGCGAAGUGGUCGAGGCGCAUCAGUGGAGUACCUCUUCGCAGCAAUGGGUCAAAAUUGGCGAAGUGGUUGGCGGUGUCGGAUCGGGCCAAAAGAAGCUCUACGAGGGUAAAGAGUACGAUUACGUAUUUGACGUCGAUAUUGCAGAUGGCGUUCCACCGCUCAAGCUUCCGUUCAACCUGAAUGAGAAUCCUUAUGCGGCUGCGCAGAAGUUUUUGGAGAAGAACGAUUUGCCGCAGCAGUACAUUGAUCAAGUGGUGCAAUUCAUUGACAAGAACACGUCCGGUGUCAAUCUGGGCGGGCCACAGUACACGGAUCCGUACACGGGUGCUAGCAGAUACCAGCCUUCUGGAUCGGCUCCGGGUGGUGGUGGAGCGGCCGGUGAAUCAAGCGCUGCGCAAGGUGCUCUAUCAGGGACAGGUGAUAGCGGCACCUACACGGGCGCAAGAAAUGUCGAUCCGUAUACCAGCUCUGCUCCAUCAAUAGCAAAUGCCGCAGCCUCAGCACCAUCGAGUAGGAUCCUACCCCAACGCGCAUUCUUGGCUUUCAAAUCCGCGAAUUUCUCCGCAAUCAAAACUAAGCUCUCGCAGGUCAACGAGCAAGAGUCGGUCAAGCUGUCGGAGUCCGAAUUGGGUCAGAUCGAUCAACUGAUCGCACAGCUUGAGGCUGGUUCUUCAGCUGGCAACCUCAAUGUUGAUGCUCUACUCAAAGCAGUCAGUUCGUGGAGCGCCAGCUCUCGUCUACCCGCUCUGGAUCUGAUUCGCUGUGCUGCAGCAGCAGGCACCACCACUCCACCUCUGGAAAUUGCGAGAGAGGCAUUCCAAGCGUCGUCAUGGGCCUCGGACUGGCCCGUAGCCGGCACGGGAGAGGCCAAGAGUCGAGACGUCAACUCGAUGCUCGCAUUGCGAACAAUCGCGAACCUGUGGAACGACCCGCAAGCGCUCGGGGAGCUGGAAGUGAACGGUGUCAGCUUGCUGGGUAGUCUGGGCGAAACGCACUAUGCCAAGAUGACCAAAAAUGGACGUAUCGCUUUUGCUACCGUGGUGUACAACGCUACGGCACAGAUGGUGGAUGGGAUGGGGAAGAACAGUGCUGCAGGGAUCACGCUGGGAUUGAUCAACGAGGUGCUGGCGGUGGAGAGCGAAGAGAGCGAGGCGGUGUACAGGAUCCUGGUGGCGUUUGGCAAUUUGCUCUGCUCGUCGUCCGGCGCAAGCUUGAACCGGAAUGCGUUGGAGCAAGCGAGAGCAUGGAUUCAGAGGCUCGUGGGGUCGAAGUUGGGUAAGGAGCAGAGGAUCGCUCAGAUCGCUGCUGAGAUCAACAGCUUGUUUUAG